CUUGAGCGGCUCAUCUCGUGGGCAAGGAUGAGCUUCAAGCCCGCCAAGUCCAGGUUUUUGGUCUUGAAGAAAGGCAAGGUGGUCGAUCGGUUUCGCUUUGCCAUAGGAGAGACAGCAAUUCCAUCAGUGACUGACAAACCUGUGAAGAGCUUGGGCAAGGUCUUUAACAGCUCCUUGAGGGACUCCGGUGCACUCCAGCAAACUAAGGCUGACCUGACUGCAUGGCUUGCAGCUAUAGACAAGUCGGGGCUGCCAGGGAAAUUCAAAACCUGGAUUUACCAACAUGGAGUCCUGCCAAGACUCCUUUGGCCUUUGCUUGUCUAUGAGGUGCCCAUAACAAUGGUGGAGACGUUGGAAAGAACCAUCAGCCAGUUUCUUCGCAGGUGGAUGGGGCUUCCCCGAUCCCUUAGCAGCAUCGCGUUGUAUGGCCAUUCCACAAUGCUGCAGCUUCCAAUCAGCGGCUUGUCAGAGGAGUUUAUGGUCACACGUUCCAGGGAGCUGAUGAUGUACAGGGACUCCGCUGACAAAAAAGUCGCCACCGCAGGAAUCCAAGUGAAAACGGGGAGGAAGUGGAAGGCCCACGAAGCCAUUGACAGAGCUGAGGCACGGCUGCAGCACAACAUCUUGGUGGGUAACACAGCAGUGGGUCGGGCUGGGCUUGGUAGCUUCUCUAAACCUCGCUACGAUAAAGCUGGAAGAAUGGAGAGACGUCAAAUGGUACAGGAUGAGAUCCGAGUAGAAGUGGAGGAAAAUCGGCGGAUCAAGAUGGUGGCUAUGUACCAACAAGGCGCCUGGACAAGGUGGGAACACGCCGAAAAGCGGAAAAUUACCUGGCCAGAGCUCUGGAGACUGGAGCCCCAGCACCUCAAGUUUCUCAUCCUAUCCGUGUAUGACGUUCUUCCAAGCCCAACCAAUUUGCAGCGCUGGGGUAUGGCAGACACCGCGGCAUGCCAGUUAUGUGAGAGGAGAGCCACGCUAGAGCAUAUCCUCAGUUGCUGCCCGAAGGCCUUGGGGGAAGGGCGUUAUCGCUGGCGACAUGACCAGGUCCUUAGGGCUCUGGCAGAUACGCUCAGCAUAGCAAUCUCCAACUGCAGAUACCAGCCCCCCCGAAAGAAGCUCAUUACCUUCGUCAGAGCUGGAGAGCAGGCACAACAUCAGCCAGGUUCCUCUGGAGGGCUUCUCACCACAGCACGAGACUGGGAACUCCAAGUCGACCUGGGGAAACAGCUUAAGUUCCCAGAGCACAUCUUGGCCACUGCACUCCGCCCAGACGUGGUGUUGACAUCGGAGUCAACAAAGCAAGUGGUCCUGGUGGAGCUGACUGUUCCCUGGGAAGACAGAGUUGAGGAGGCCAAUGAACGUAAGAGAGCCAAAUACUCUGAGUUAGUGGCUGAGUGUCGGAGCAAAGGCUGGAAAGCCCGAUGCGAACCAGUCGAGGUGGGGUGCAGGGGUUUUGCUGGCCAGUCUCUACCCCGCACCUUGAAGCUCCUUGGAGUUAAGGGUCAGCUGUGCAGAAAAGCCAUUAGGAACAUCAUAGAGGCUGCGGAGAAAGCCUCAAGAUGGCUAUGGAUCCGGAGGGGGGACCCUUGGAGUAGCAGGCCACUUGGACACAAGUUGGGGGCUGAUCACCCCCGGCUGGGUCGCCCGAGCGAGGGUGUUUGA